AUGCCAUCACCCACGCCAACGCCAACGCCAACCCCACCGACAUCCGCACCCGCACCCCUCCACCACCACCACCCUCCCCCCAACACCACCGCCCACACGGGCAUGAACACGAGCACGAGCGCUAGCAACAGCAACAGCACCACCACCAGCCAAAGAAAGCCCGUCACGGAGCCCAGCCGCUUCAUCCACGUCAGCGGCGUGCGCCAGCCGCAGCCGCUCACGUCGCUGCGCCACUGGUUCAGCCGCGGCCACUACGUCUACGACGAGCUGCGCGCGCCCGUCGUGCCCACCGCGGUGGCGGGCGCCGGCCCCGACCGCCUGGCGACGGCGACGUCCGGGUGGCAUCCGAGGUGGGAGGAUACGCUGGAGGAGGAGGAGGGGGAGGAGGAGGGGAAGGAGGGGGAGGAGGAGGGGGAGGAGGAUGGCGGAGAGGUUGGUGGUGGUGGUGCUGCUGCGCCUCUGCGUUCUGCCUGUGGUGGUACUGCUGACGGUGGGGGCGAGACUACUUCAGGCGGUGGCGGAGAAGAAGAGGAAGACGGUGCUAGUGGAUGUGGUUCGGGAUCUGUUGUUGGUGUUGUUGUUGCUGCUGCCGCGGACGGUCCUGCGACGGGCGGAGUCGCAUUCGAGGCGCAGAUGAAGCUGGUUGAGGAUGUCGAGGCGGCGUUCCGGCUGCAGACAGGGGAGGAUGCCGUGGCGGCGGAAGAGGAGGAGAGGGAAAAGGCAGAGAUCAGGCGCAAGACUUGGUCGGGGAGUAGGGGUAAGUACGGUCACCCGAAGAGCGCUUACAAGCCGCAUGCCCCCCAUGGCCGGCCUGUUGGCGGUUCCGUGAACAAUGGCGCCGGCACCGACGGUGCGCACCACCACCACCACCAGAAGCAGCAGCAGCAGCGACAGCAGGGACCGCAGCAAGACGCAAUGGCCAUGUCCUACGAAGGACACGGCGCGAACCCAUACGCUGGAGCCGACGCCGGAUAUCCUGGCCAAUUCCACCCGUUCCCGACCCCGAUUGCGCAUCCAUACCAGGAUCACAUGGCGACUGCCUCCGCCUACCAGAACGGGUCUUUGGAGUCCCCGAGAACUCAUUUCAUGAGAGUCGAGUACGAGGCCAAGCUCGAGGCCGCCAAGCAGGCCCAGUAUCGCCGCCGAUGUGAGCGCCUUGCGGAGCGACCCUGGACGUGGAUGAACACCGUCCGGGACACGACCCCGGUGGUGUCGCCGGUGGUGAGCACCCUGAGCCCGCGGGCCACAGAGUUUGUUCCGGCAGGUUUGAUCUCUCCCCACACGAACCCUGCCGCCUUUAUGGCCCCUCCCGUGAGCACCGUUGGCGCCCAUCACCACCCGUCCCAGACGCCGGGGAACGUGUGCUGGUACCCCGCUCCGCCGACCGCGGUUGGUACGCCGCAGUACUGGCAACUCCGCCAGUACCAGAUGACGUCUACCUUCAACCCGGCCGUGGGCGAGUUUCGUCCGCGUGCGAUGCCGCCCAGGGGACCGAACAUGGAUGGAUGA